GAUGUCAUCAAUUUCGAAAUUAGCCAUUCAAGGAAUUAGAAGUUUUGGACCUGAUGAUAGCGAUAAACAAGUCAUUGUUUUCUUCACACCUUUAACUCUGAUUUUAGGUGCUAAUGGAACUGGAAAAACAACAAUCAUCGAAUGCUUAAAGUAUGCUACAACUGGUGAUACACCACCUGGAAGUAACAAGCUCUCGGCUUUCAUCCAUGAUCCAAAAGUUGCUAAGGAAAGAGAAGUAAAAUCUCAGGUGAAAUUACUCUUCAACGACAUCAGAGGAAUACAAACAGUUGUAACUAGAAGCGCUAUUGCUACACAAAAAGCAUCGACGGUAUCUGCAAAAACUUUGGAACAAAAUAUUCUACGAAACAAGACAAGCAUCAGUAAAAAAUGUAUUGACAUAAACAAUGAAAUGGUUGAUUUGCUUGGGGUUUCCAAACCCAUUCUUGAAAACGUUAUUUUUUGUCAUCAAGAAGACUCGUGCUGGCCUCUUAGCGAAGGAAAAUUAUUGAAAACAAAAUUUGAUGAAAUAUUUGCUUCUGCACAGUAUGUAAAAGCUGUUGAUCAAAUAAAAGUUAUAAGAAAGCAAAAGGAACAAGAGAGAAGGAUUUUGAUUAAUGACCUAGAGCAUUUGAAUAGAAACAAAACUGGAGCACAGAAUGUUAGGGAAGAACUAGAUGAGAAUGAAGUAAAGUUUAAGCAAUAUAAAAAGAGAAUUGAUGAUAUGAAAAAAGAAAACGACCCACUUACUAAGGAGUAUGCUAAACUUCAAGAGGAUCAAGCAGAGAUAAAUGACAUGCGCAGUAAAGAAAGAUCAUUGGAGGAAAGAGUUGUGUUUUACGAACAACAGCAAAAAGAACUUAAAUCUAGUCUAAAAUGCUUGAUAUCGAAAUCAAUCGAAGAUUUGCAAACAGACCUAAAAGACUUUCAGAGUACCACGAAAAAUAAGGAGCGUAAACUUAAUAAAAUUGAAGAGAAUCUUUCAAGAUUAGGAAGAGAAAUAGACGAUUGUGAAUUUGAUUUGAAAAAGAAAUUAAGAUCUCUUGCAACACUUGAGACUGAAGAAAAGAAUCACGUGGCGAAUAUUAAAAGUUGCAUUAGUCGAAUGUCGGAACUAAAUGAAUUUCACAAAAUGAAGAUGCACAUUCCUAAAGAAACUGAUGAAUUUAACCAACAAUUAUGUCGGAAAAUAACAGUGAGCCUAAAAGAAAUUCAUGACGAAAUAUCUGAUAAAAGUCACCAAGAGAAUGAGAGAAUUCGAAAUAUUGAACAAGGUAUUCAGAGUGAAAUCGAUAAGAAAAGAACCGAAAAGGCCGGCUUGUCAACAGAAAUAGACAUGAAUCGUUCAUCUCUGAACGAGAACAAGCAAGAAAUUAGAAGCAUUAAACGAAAAUUAGAGGAUAUAGAAAGAUAUGCAUCUAAGCUGGAUGACUUGGAGAUGGAUAUUGCUAGAGCGAAAACUGAUCUUGAAGAAGCAAAACGUGAAUAUAAACUGGAUGAGUUGAAGAAGACCAUGGAAUCUUGUAAGGAUGAUAGAAAAGAAACUGAUGGUCGACUUCGCGAGAGAAGGGACGAAUUAGAUAGCCUUCAAGAGUAUGUUGAAGAGAAAGCUCAGAUAGAGAUGUUGCAAAAAAAUAUUCAAGAAAAAAGUGACGAAAUUCGCUCUUUAAGAGAUAAACAUGCUGGCAUAAUUCGUGCACUAUUGGGUAGAAUGCCAAACGAUAAUAUUAGAUCAAGCGUUCAAAAUAAAAUAAGAAAUAUGCAAGAUGAAGAAGGAGAUAAACGAAGAGAUCUUGACAAGUCCAAGGCAGAAAAGAUAAAAUGUGAAUCUAAUAUGCACAGUUUAAGAAAAGAGUUGGAAAAUAAAGAGAAAACUGUUCAAGACGCGAAAAAGAAAAUUACAGAAGUUACUGGUUGUGAAGAUGUCGAUUUGGAAAGAGUCAUCAAUGAAGCUAAAGAAAGUAUCGAGACGAUCGAGAGUCGACGUGGAAUGAUUGAAGCCUCUGGUCGCUUAUUUCAAACUUAUGUUAAAAAGCUAAAGAAUAACGAUCCAUGUCCUGUCUGUAAAAGAAAUUUUGAGUCAAGAGGUGAGGCCGAAGAUAUUGCAAAAGAUCUACAAGAAAAAAUGGCCGAAGCACCAGAGUUACUAAAGAAAGAGGAGACUAUUAAGAAUAAAGAACAAGAAAAGUUAGAGAAACUUUAUAACCUUCGUCCUCUACAAGAAAUGAUUUUAAAGGCUCAAUCUUCUUUACCUGAGGUACGUAAGAAGAUAAAAGAAAUGGAACAAGAUACCAUGAAUCAACAACAAGAAAUAUCAGAACGAGAAGAGGAGCUAAAUGAACUAUUGAAAAAAACUGCUAACGCCCAAAGAUGUAUUGGAGAUUUAACAACAAUUGAUAAUAGUGCAAAGGAAGUGGACAAACUUAAGAGGGAUUUAAUGAACAAGCAGAUGAGUCUACCACACUCUUCUGUUGGUAGGUCUAUUGAAGAGGUGAAAAACGAAAAGAAUGAAUUGGAGUCUGAAAGUGAUCGUUUGAGCAUGGAAUUGGAAAUGUUAGAACAAAAAUACCACAAGCAAUAUGAAAAACAACAUCAAAUGAAUGAUAAACUAAUGAAAUUACAGAGUGAACAAGUUCAAAUACAAAGUGAACUACAACAAGCUCAUAAUCUCAGAGAAAAAUGCAAAGAUAUGGAGGAAAAUAUGGCCAAGUUUGAAAAAAAUAUUCAAUCCAAUCUCGAUAAAUUGGCACCAAUUGAUCAAGAAAUUGAAAAACUACUUAGUCAGAAAAAGCUGCGUCAGCAAGAAGGAGAAAAUAAUUUACUAGUAUUACGUAAUGAUUUAGAGAAGUUAAGAUCGGACCAAAAAGAAUUCAAAGCUCAAGUAUCCACUAUAGACAAAUACAUAGAAUCUAACAAAAAAGAUCAUCUACUAAAAGCAAAACAAGAGAUCAAGAUCAUAGAGUCUAAGAUUUCAAAGCAAAAAAAUGAUUUAAAAAAUACGCAAGAAGAACAUGAAAUGAUUAAAGACGAGUUGGCCACACAAGAGAUUGACGAAAGAAAUUUGCGGGACAAUAUUAAGUUACUUAGCUUAAAAAAUGACUGUAAAAUGGCUGAAAAAGAAUUAGAAAAUAUUAAGAAAGAAGUUGGUUUUCUAAAUGCAAGCGAAUUACAAAAAGUUAUUGAAGAAAAAGGCAAAAAAUUAAACCAACUGCAACAGGAGAUUACAAGAUUGCACGGAUCAUUGGGAGAGAUGGAAAAUUUAAUAAAAUCCUUAAAGAAAAGACUACAAAGCCCUGAAUACAAAAAUGUUGAUAAUGAUUAUAAAGAGAAGUCAAUUAGAUUCGAAUUGCAUGAUGUUGUUCUUGAUGAUCUCAAAAAUUAUCAACUUGCUUUAGACGCUGCUAUAUUAACUUAUCAUGACACUAAAAUGAAAGAAAUUAACAGAAUUCUGGCUGAAUUAUGGGCUAACACUUACGCUGGACAAGAUAUUGACAGAAUUGAAAUUUGUAGCGAACAUGAAUCCAGCUCAGAUAAGAGAAAGCAAUACAAUUACAGAGUCGUUAUGAUUAAGGGAGAUACGAGAGUUGAUAUGAGAGGACGUUGCAGCGCCGGGCAAAAAGUUUUAGCGAGUCUAAUCAUUCGUCUUGCGUUGGCUGAAACUUUUUGUAUUAACUGCGGAAUUUUAGCCCUGGAUGAACCAACGACGAAUUUAGAUCGGGAAAACAUUGAAGCUCUAGCAUCCGCUCUAAACGAAAUUAUACGAACAAGAGCUAGUCAAAGAAACUUUCAGCUCGUAAUUAUCACACACGAUGAAGAUUUCAUAGAGUUACUCGGCAGAACAGGAUAUGCAGACAAAUUCUACAAAGUCAGAAAGAACGAAGAGAUGAGGUCAAUCAUCAGAAGUUGCUCUUUGCAGCAAAUUAGUGCUGCUCACGAAGACGCAAAACAUGAAGAAAACAAUAGCAUAUGA